ACAGCUGCGCCUGAAGAUAGCGUCACAUGGUCAAAAGAAACGGCCGUUCAUUACUCCUUAAUUAAUCCAGAAAAUCAAAAUCAAAUCCAGGAAAAGAAACUCCAUUGCCACCGUCUCGUCGUCGUCGUCGCUCGGCCCACGCGCUCCGACCAAGCCCCAGCCCUGCCCGUUAAUGGUGGGCGGGCUGCGAGAUCUACUAGGGCUCGUGGGCUUCGCCGGCGGGAGGAGAUAGAUGGACGCCCAGAACGGCGGCACGCUGACGCCGGUGUUGCUCAACGUGUACGACCUGACGCCCGUCAACGAUUACCUCUACUGGCUCGGCUUCGGCGUCUUCCACUCCGGAAUCGAAGUUCAUGGCAUGGAAUAUGGAUUUGGAGCUCAUGAUUUCUCAUCAAGUGGUGUAUUUGAGGUGGAAUCAAAAAGUUGCCCUGGAUUUAUCUAUAGAAAAACGCUGUGGCUAGGCACAACUGACAUGUCCCGGGAAGAGUUCCGCUCGUUCAUUGAAAAACUUGCAGGGAAGUAUCAUGGCAACACAUAUCAUUUGAUUUCAAAGAACUGCAAUCAUUUCACAGAUGAUGUCUGUAAGAACUUGACUGGGAAGCCCAUCCCUGGCUGGGUGAAUCGGCUGGCCAGAGUAGGUUCGGUUUUUGACUGUCUACUGCCAGAAAGUGUCCAAGUUUCUCCCAUCGGACGUGUCCCAACUCUUCGUCCAGUUGUUGAUGAUGAUUUGGAUUCAGUAUCAUCGUCAGACAGCGAUGAGGACAAGCACCUGUUGCCAGCGCCGUCUGCUGACUUGCACCCUGUAGAUGUGCCAGUAAAGCUAGCCAAAGAUCUUCUUUGAGAGCACCUGGGAGCUUGCCUCCGGUACAACUGAUUCCUCUUCACGGAGUUUCGCUGUCCUAGCAGAUACAGGAUAGGAAUCGGCCAUCUUCUGCAGAAGAAGAGUCUAGUUACUUGAUGUUUACACCAGGUCGUGCAUUGACUCUGUUAUAUCAUCCGGCCAAAUGUCGUCAUCCCUGGUAGCAGUGACAUGAUGUUAGUCUGUAUUCAUUCAGCUAGCUGGAUAGGCAUCGUUGAAAAUGUUGCCUCGGCGAUGCUUGCCUGAGCCCGACAAUGAAAGUACACGAAUACAUAUUUUAACCUGCUACCAUAGAUCUGUGUCCAUGUACAUGGUUAUUAACUACGAUCUGUACAAUGGCUCGUUAUUUUUUUUCUGUGCUACAAGUGCCGCUGGCGAUGACAAGA